CUUAUUGGGCCAAGGCCUCCUUUCCUUUUGAGGGCUCUUCUUUGAAGUUUGAAGUUUAUUCUACUACGUUUUUCAAAUGGAAGUUGUUACCCAACACAUAUGACAAGAUUUAUUUGAAACUAUAAUUUAUACAAAACCUUUUAAUAGUGUAAAGUUGGUCAUCGCUUUAUUAUUAUAUAAGGUAUAAUAUAUAUGAAAAAUAUAUUCGGCCAUCUAACUUUCAUUUCAUUCACAACACCAUAAACAUCAAUACCAACCCUUGUUUGCACCACCAUCAUUGUCUUAUUUAGAGUAGGAAGAGUGAUGGAGUUAGAGAAAAGAAAAGUAUCCCAUAGUCUCAAAAUAUAUAUAUAAUAUGAUAGCAACAACAGCUGUACAUCCUUUAGACCUAAUCAAAGUGCGUCUACAAUUGCUCUCCCGAUAUUGUACUACGAGAGAAAUGGCUCGUCAAAUAGUACGUUGCAGAGGGUACAAGGCAUUGUACGCUGGACUCUCUGCUGGCUUAUUCAGGCAGACAACCAACACCACAACUAGACUUGGUGUUUAUCAUGCGCUCUAUAAUAUCCACUACAGGAAAUAUGAAAGAUAUCCAGUUAUUUAUGAAAAGAUCACCAUUGGUAUAACUGCAGGGUUGGCUGGAGCUUUAGCAGGACACCCCUCGGAAGUGAUUUUAGUGAGAUUAAUGGCAGACGGACCUUUAGAACCUUGUAUAGAGUGCAGCUGUCCGAAAAAAUACAAGGGCAGUUUUCACGCUCUUCAAAAAAUAUGUAAAGAAGAAGGCGCGCGUGCCUUAUGGCGUGGUGGGACAUUAACCCUCGGAAGGUCAGUCCUGGUCAGCAUUGGGCAAAUAGGGAGCUAUUCACAGGUUCGGGAAAAAUUCCGUGAAAAAAACCUGGCCAAGGGUCUUUCUCUGCACAUAUAUACUUCGUUUGUCUCCAGCUUCCUCACCGCCGUCUUCACUUUACCAAUUGAUCUCGUUAAGACUAGAUACCAAGUUAAGCGUAGAGGGAUAAAACUGUCGGAAAUAUUUUCCGAUAUUCUUGAACGAAAAGGUAUUUGGUAUUUUUGGAAAGGUUUCGUUCCCUACUACGUGAGGAUGGCGAUACAUACCACGAUGUCGUUGCUGAUAUUCGAUAAGCUGUAUACAAAAUAUGUCGAACUUCACAAAGUUUAAAAAAUAAAAAUAUAUACUAUAUUAACUUAAAAAAAAGAUUGGAAUGUCAAAAGCCAAUUAAUGCAAGCA